AUGUCAUAUCCAUCUCAACCACCCCAUUAUUCUGCUACUCCGGUGGGUAAUGAAAUUGUUCCGGACUCGGGAGCAACUGAAUUUCCCGAAUUUUCAAUGCAAAUGGGUCUUGGUGGUACAAGUGAUGUUAAUCAAUCUACUCCAAGCAUCGACCAUUCAACAUCUGGCCCCCGGAAAAGCUCCAAAUGGACCACUGAGCAAAACUUGGUGCUACUGAGUGGGUGGAUCAAAUAUGGAACAGACAGCAUUGUUGGCAGAAACCAAAAGAGCGAAUCAUUUUGGGAUAAAAUUGCUGAAAAUCGCUACAACUACGUGAACACAAAACUGGGAAAAUGGAUUGGCACUUACGAUAAUGCUAAGCGUAUGCAACAAAGCGGGUGGUCGAAGCAAGAUGUAAUGGCGAAAGCGCAUGAAAUAUAUACAGAUGGUGGUAAUGGUAAUUUCAAUUUAAUGAAACAAUGGAUCGAUGUUCGUUAUCAACCACGCAAUUGUAGUAAGGUAGGAGGAAAUACUGGCUCUAGAAGCAGUGGAUCUAAGAGAAUUCACGACAGUGAUGCUAGUGACUCCAACUCUGUAGGAUCCAGUGCUCGUCCAAUGGGGAGGGAUGCAGCUAAGAAAGCUAAAAAGAAAGGUAAGGGAACAGUCUUGGAAGUGGUCAAUGAAGAGUUUAAUGUAUACAAAAAACUCAAGGAGCAAGAGUUGAAACGCUUGGACAAUAUAUCCAUGAUGCAAGAGGAGGCAAUUCGAAAGCAAGAGGAGUCAAACAUAGUGAUGAAAGAAAAGACUAGGGCUGUGAAUACUAAGAUGUGGAUGAAGUUAAGUGAAAAGAACUGUCUCAAUGACAAGGAGAGAAAGCUAAUGCAGAAGUUGAGCUACGAAUUAUUUGGAGAAUAA